CCCAGAGCCCAGCACAGUGUCUGGUACACACACCACGGUCAAUAAAUAUUUACUGAAUGAAAGGAAGGAAAGCAAUGGAGCUCUGACCGGCAGAUUUGCUCUGAGUCGAGUGAGUUCAGUGAUUCAUCUUGGUUCAUGGUUCCUUUUGCCAGGACUCCAGCUGCUGUGGCCAUUUCCAGGGGAUAACUUGGCUUUUCACACAUGCUCCCCUACAAGGAGGGAUGUGCUGACCCAUCUAUUAGAGGCCACUUGAUAGUUAUGUUCCUCACUGCCAAUUAAUACACCUGCUCUAAGCACCAGUUCCUGUGCCUGCCUGCUCCUUGCAGAUUCACGUCAUCCUCUCAUUUGGGUGUGCUGGAGUUUCUACUUUGGAUUCAUAAAUGCCUGGGUUUGAGUCCUGGCUCAGAAUGCUAAGCCGUCUGGCCUUGGCCAACACACCUCCUAAGCCUGUUUUCUUGUCUGUUAAAUGGUGCCCUAAUACCUGCUUCACAGGGUUGUGUGAGAGCUACAUGAGACAGCAGCUGUGCCACUCCUGCUGUAGCCCAGUUAAUGGUAGUGACUGUGCCGCUUCUUGUCUUUCCUUCCUUGCAGAUUCCAUGACAAAAGACCGCCCAGUUUAGUAUAUCAGCCUCUUUGGCUUUUCCUUCUCACAAAUCACUCGCUUUGCAAAUGAAGUGUUGGGAAUGAUCUAAUCAUGUCCUGGAAUAUUCUAAAAGGUUACUCUGCAGAGGAGAAUAACUCAUAUUUAUUCAAAAAUAUCAGGGCUGGCAUUGUGGCACAGUGGGUUAUGCUGCUUCUUGCAAUGCCAGCAUACCAUAUCGGAGAGCCAGUUAGAGUCCCAGCUGCCCCACUUUCAACCCAUCCCGCUGCUUACAUUCCUGGGAAAGUAGCAGAAGAUGGCCCAAGUAGUGGGGCCCCUGUCACCCAUGUGGGAGAUGAGUAAUGUGAUCAGGAAAAUUCUCUCUUUUUUCUCUCUCUCUGUGUCACUUUCCCUUUCAAAUAAUAAAAAUCAUAAAAAAAAAAAAAACACAGUGAAGGCAUUGAAUGCUGGAUACAAUUUCAGUGGUCAGGGAUUUACAACAAGGAGUACUGAAAAAAAAGUUUCAAGGCCAAACAAGAAACAUGGGUGUGGCACAUGAUGAAACUGACAAAAUAAAUUGAAUCACAUCUUGGCAGAUUUUGAACAUCGAACUUUGUAGUCUGGACAUUGAUAUUAUAGAGUAAACUUUUUAGAAUGAAAACUAAAUUUGACAGGGUAGCUAACAGGGGAAUUUAAUUGAAGAUUCUAGGGCAUAUUAUUAGCAGAACAUUGUGAUAGGUGACAUAGGACAAGAGACAAAGAUGCCCUCAAGAAGCAUAUAACUGGGCCAGCAUUGUAGUGCCCAUAUGGGCACCCAGCUGCUCCACUUCCAAUUCAGCUCCCUGCUAAUGUGCCUGGGAAAGGAGCAGAAGAUGGCCUGAGUCUUGGGCCCCUGAAUGCAUGUGGGAGACCCAGAGGAAGUUCCUGGCUCCUGGUUUUGGUCUGGCUCAGUCCUGGCCUUUGCAGCCAUUCAGGGAGUGAACCAGCGAAUUGAAGAUCUCUCUCUCUCUCUCUCUUUCUCUCUCUCCCCUUCUCUCUCCCUCCCUCUCUCUCUAGCUCUGCCUUUCAAAUAAAUAAAUAAAUACAUCUUUUAUAAAAGAAGCUUAUAAGCAGAUAAGACAAUAUAAACACAAUUUGUAAUACAAAGUACAUGUGAUAAGUGUUAAAACAGAGACCCCAGCCCAAGUGCUUUGGGAGCUCAGCAGUAGGUUAGAUUAGCUUCCUUGUCUGAGAAAGCUGGAGGCAGAACGAGACAGAGGCUCAUCCUUGGAAUCUAAACCCAGAUUAGACAAGAUCCCCUCCAUCCUUGCCCCCUCCAGGAUCCCAUGCCCAGAAUAAACAAUGACAUUCCAACUGAAACACAGGAGCCUGUGCUGUGGCGCAGCAGGUUAGGCCGCCAGCAUCAAAUAUUGGAGUGCUAGUUCGAGUCCCAGCUACUCAGCUUCCAGUCCUGCUCCCUGCUAAUGUGCCUGAGAAAGCAGCGGGGGAUGACUCCAGUCCUUGGGCCCCUGCAUCCCCGUGGGAGACCCCUGGGCUCCUGGCUUCAGCCUGGUCCAGCACUGGCAUCAGCAGAUGGAAGACCCCUCCUCCACCCCCUUCUUCCUCUCUGUCACACUGCUUUUCAAAUAAAUAUUUUUUUUUAACUUGAAACCCAAUGGGUCAAGAAAAAACAUGGAGGAAGAGGCUCUGUGGGAACCUGGCUUUGGGCCCUGGGGUGCUGUAGAUGCAACUUCCUUGCAAGAGGAGAGCUGAAGACCAGGAAUCGGAUGAGAUCAGGGAGAGUGUGUCUGGAGAGAAGAGGGAUGAAAACAGAAACUAAGGGAGCACCCACGUUUUAGGGAGUGGGAAGAGAGGGGGGAGUGGCCAGAGGAUGAGGUAAGCAUAGACUCAGCAGAGCACCUCGUUACUAAGUUUCGCUUAGGAGGGUGGCAGCUGUGGAAGGGUGGAAGACAGGACGGAGGCCCCUGGGGCGCAGAAGGCAGAAAGUGUUGUGACCCGGCUGGAGAUCAGGCCCGAGGUUGGCGGACAAAGGAGUUUACAGGGACUCCACAGUGAGUGGAUCCCCCGGGUCUGGUACGAUUAGGGGCCUGGCAAACAUGGUGGCGUCCUCUGACUUCCAUCAAUCUCUAAUUAGUACCACUGGAUGGCCGCCGGGGCCAAAGCCCUCCUAACCCUAACCAGUCUCUCCAGGAACCAAGAAGUUGAAGCACUCACUCGGGAGGGAUUUCACACCUGGCUUUCUGGCCCAGCCCGGUGCAGUCCCGUUUCGUCACGCAGCCCCUAAUGACUCUGCGGGCUGUCACUCUCCUACGGCUUCGUCUGCGAGGUGACUAAACGCCUCUUGCAAAAGUUUGCAGCAUUCGUCCGAGGCCAACUACAGCUCCCAGGGUGCCCGCGCGCCGCCCGGCGCCGAUUGGCCGAGCGCUCGGCUCCGGGGGGCGGAGUCGCCCCCGCCUCCCCGGGAAACAGGCAGGCGAUUGGCUGGGCCGCAAGGCUUUUGUGUCCCCGCCCUCCCCCGGAGACCGCAGCGGGCUCAGAGGCGCUGCUGGUGUCACAGCCGGACGAGCGCUGGCAGUUCCGCGGCGGGGAUGCUGAGCGGCGCCGGGUCCGUGAGCAGCCCCGGCCACUGCGGACGUCCGAGGCACUCCGGGCCCUGAGAACCCCUUCGCUACCGCCACUCCGGGGGCUCCCGAGGCCGUUCACUGUCCCAGAAGCCAGACAGGGUCGGGAAGAGUCCAGCGUCGCACCGGCCGCGCUUCGGCUCGCGAGUGUCCUGGAACCCCCGAGAGACACCGCGGGGUUCUCGAGCCUCCCCGGCGGCCCCCAACCCCGGCCUCCUGCGCGCGUCCGUGCACAACCCCCUCCGGCGCCCGUGUCCUGGCGCACACCAUGAUCGUUGCAGACUCCGAGUGCUGUGCCGAGCUCAAGGGCUACCUGCCGUUCGCCCGGGACGGCGGCGGCGGCCCGGGCGCAGGGCAGGAGCAGAGCGAAAGCCGGGCCCGGCAAGGCCCUCGUGGGCCCAGCGCCUUCAUCCCAGUGGAGGAGGUGCUUCGGGAGGGAGCUGAGAGCCUGGAGCAGCACCUGGGGCUGGAGGCAUUGAUGUCUUCAGGGCGGGUGGACAACCUGGCGGUGGUGAUGAGUCUGCACCCUGACUACCUUAGCAGCUUUUGGCGCCUUCACUACCUGCUGCUACACACGGACGGGCCCCUGGCAAGCUCCUGGCGCCACUACAUUGCCAUCAUGGCUGCCGCCCGCCACCAGUGUUCCUACCUUGUGGGCUCCCACAUGACCGAGUUUCUGCAGACUGGCGGUGACCCUGAGUGGCUGCUGGGCCUCCACCGGGCCCCUGAGAAGCUGCGCAAACUCAGCGAGAUCAAUAAGCUCCUGGCACAUCGGCCGUGGCUCAUCACCAAGGAGCACAUCCAGGCCUUGCUGAAGACGGGCGAGCACAGCUGGUCCCUGGCUGAACUCAUCCAGGCCCUGGUCCUGCUCACCCACUGCCACUCGCUGGCCUCCUUCGUCUUUGGCUGUGGCAUCCUCCCUGAGGGAGACCCAGACGGCAGCCCUGGCCCCCAGGCCCCUUCACCGCUCAGUGAGCAAAGCAGCCCCCCAAGUGGGGACGCACUGAACAACUCUGGGGGCCUGGAGGCCGCGCGCGACGUGGAGGCGCUGAUGGAGCGCAUGCGGCGGCUGCAGGACAGCCUGCUGCGGGACGAGGGCACGUCCCCGGAGGAAAUGGAGAGCCGCUUCGAGCUGGAGAAGUCAGAGAGCCUGCUGGUGGCCCCGGCAGCUGACAUCCUGGAGCCCUCUCCACACCCAGACACGCUGUGCUUUGUGGAAGACCCCACUUUCGGGUACGAGGACUUCACCCGGCGUGGGGCCCAGGCGCCCCCCACCUUCCGCGCCCAGGAUUACACCUGGGAGGACCACGGCUACUCGCUGAUCCAGCGCCUGUACCCCGAGGGUGGGCAGCUGCUGGACGAGAAGUUCCAGGUGGCCUGUAGCCUCACCUACAACACCAUCGCCAUGCACAGCGGCGUGGACACCUCCGUGCUCCGCAGGGCCAUCUGGAACUACAUCCACUGCGUCUUUGGCAUCAGGUAUGAUGACUACGAUUACGGGGAGGUGAACCAGCUCCUGGAGCGGAACCUCAAGGUCUACAUCAAGACGGUGGCCUGUUACCCAGAGAAGACCACCCGCCGAAUGUACAACCUCUUCUGGAGACACUUCCGCCACUCAGAGAAGGUCCACGUGAACCUGCUGCUCCUGGAGGCCCGCAUGCAGGCCGCCCUGCUCUAUGCCCUCCGCGCCAUCACCCGCUACAUGACCUGACUGCCUCCUGCGUGGGACCUGCACAUGGAGCAGCUGACUUGGGGGCCACCCUCCUCCCUGCCAGGACUUCUGUGUCUGGAGACAGCGCCAGAGCCCAUCUCCCCACAUCGGGCUUGGCUUGUGUGUGAUGUGCAGCCCCUGAGCCACACCCUCCUUAUCCUCACUGGAAUGGAUAGCAUCUUUGCUCUGACUCCGGGGAUCUCAGCUCUGCCUCUGGGAGCUGGAAGGGGACUAGGGGACCCCAAGGGGCUAUGCCCUUCCUCCUUUCCCUACUCCUAGAGGAAGGAAAAUGGGUCCAGCUGAAACCUGUGGGCCAGUAGGCUGUGUCCCAGACUCCCCAGGUGCUGGGACUUCCUGGACUGAGAGCUCCCUGGCCGGCCCCCAUGGGAGAGGGGCAGACACCUCCAGGGACUGACACUCCAGGCAGCUUUGCCUUCCCAUCCUCCUCAUUCCAGAGUUCAUUACCUCCUACCUGCUCUUCACCCAUCAAUGUGAAAGGUCACAGCUGGCCUGUGUCCGGUUCCCCCAAAUCUUGUUCUGUUGGGCAGCCCGAGGGUGCCUUGCUCCCUGGUUGCCUGGUCCUGGUUGAAUUAUUUAGACCUCCUUCACUCUAACCUUUUCUCCCAUACCUGGCGGUGGGAAGCCCCAGGAGAGAGGCCAAGCACAUCAACAAGGCCGGUCAUCUCUGCUCGUCCCGGUGCCUUCUAGAGGGGGCGAGGAUUAGGUUAGAAAUUCUGUUUUCUUGGGUCCUCUAUGGUUGACAUUCUCACCCCUGUAGGGCCUCCCCCACUGGCACCACGGUCAGCGCCUGAGAGGAGGGGGAGAGAGGUUCUGUUCUCUGAGCUGCACCUGCCUUGCAGAGUCUGCCACCCGCUCCCACCACCAGUGGCUUUGCCAAGAAACUGGGCCUUUCUGGGUGGCUUAAGUGGUACUGUGGCCCAGUAUGAGAGGCAGGAGGCUCCUAUUUGGGCCCUGUCACUAGCCAGGUGGCCAUGGCCACAUUGCCAAACCUCUUUGACCACCAGAGUUGCAGACGGACGCGUGAGUCUGGGUCCCCCAUGUCUAGUGCUCCCCCUUGGGAUGCCUACCUGCCCACACCUAACUGAUUUCCUUGCAAGAUCCUGAAGGCGUCUGGAGACCCCACUCCUGCAGUCAGUCAGUGUCUCCUAGCUGCCUUCCAAAGACCCUGGCCCCUUCCCAGUGCCCCGUCUGUCCCCUCUCCAGGAGUUUAGGUGGAUUGCUUGGAGGCAGAAGCAGCCAGGGACAGACCCCAAGCACUUUCUGUAGCACAUGACUGUGAACUUCUCUCGCCCUUCUCCUAGCAGCAGGUGCCUCUUGGACUGGGUGGGGGGUGACCAGGAAAGGCAGGGCCAUCAUGCUGCUGCUUGGAGCCUGGCCAGUGUGCCACAUUGCGUGCCCGUGCUGGCACGGGGACACAACUGGCAUCCCCUUCAAGCCUGAAAACCCUCCCUACAAAGAAAGUGGGCAAGAGGGAAGGGGCCCCCUGCAAGGGGGGUUGAAUUUCCAGAGGGGAUGUCCCCUGGGAGGGUGGAGAGGGGGAGGGCUAUCCAGUGUUCAAGUGCAGUCACCUUUGACUUUGCUACCAGUUCCGUUUGAUGAGAAAUAAAAGUCCGCCAAGGUUUUGUUUUGUA